AUGUCCGAACCUACCGAGUCAUCCGAUCCCCUGAAGGUCUCCCGUUUUACCUACCGACAAUUACAAGGACUGCGACAGGGAUCCACCGCAACCCCUCUACGCGUGAUUGCGCAUAUCGAUCUGGAUGCCUUCUACGCCCAAUGUGAGAUGGUCCGUCUGGGUACCUCGCGGGAUGUACCAUUAGCAGUGCGACAAUGGGACUCUUUGAUUGCCAUUAAUUAUGCCGCCCGACCCUUCGGAAUCAGUCGAUUGAUCAAUGUUGCGGAGGCCAGGAAACUUUGUCCAGAUCUCGUCUUACAGCAUGUCGCGACUUUUCGAGAAGGAGAGGGAGGGCGAUGGGCGUAUCGGGAUGACUCAUUCAGAAAUAUCAGCACGGAUAAGGUGUCGCUAGAUCCAUACCGAGCACAAUCGCGAAAGAUCCUCCAGACGAUGAAGGAGGCUCUGACCACAUGGAGUGCCGAUGACACGGAAGUCGAACCUCAGAACCCGAAGCAAGAACUCUCGGCUAUGUUGGAGAAAGCUAGUAUUGAUGAAGUUUUCAUUGAUUUGUCUCCAUUGGUAUAUAGGGCGCUUCUUCAGAGAUACCCAGAACUUCGGAUGGGAACACAGGAUGAGAAUCGGGAUGCAGAACUUCCUAUACCACCGACCACAGCCUUGCAGUGGGACACUGACUGCUUGGUAGACCUGGAUCAACACCAAACAGAGGAAGAUGAUCCAGAUUGGGAUGAUGUCGUCAUGCUGAUAGGAUCUGAAAUUGUACGAUGGGUCCGGAACGCAGUUUGGGAGAAGCUCAGCUACACUUGUUCGGCUGGGCUAGGUCGCAAUAAAAUGAUCGCAAAACUAGGAAGUGCUUGCAAUAAGCCCAACCUACAAACUGUUGUGCGGAAUCGGGCGGUACAGAAUUUCCUAGGUGGUUAUAAAUUUACUCAGAUCAGAAUGCUGGGUGGUAAACUCGGCGAUCAAAUAACUGCCGCUUUUGGGACGGAAAAAGUCCGCGAGCUUCUCAAUGUGCCGCUUGAGCAAAUGCGCACUAGGCUAGAUGACCAUACGGCAUCCUGGCUUUACGGGAUUAUCCGUGGUGAUGACCGCAGCGAGGUCAAUCCCCGGACCCAAAUCAAAUCUAUGCUAUCCGCGAAAUCGUUCCGACCGAGCAUUAACUCCCUCGAUCAGGCCGAGAAAUGGCUUCGUAUCUUCGCAGCCGAUAUCUAUGGCCGGCUUGUGGAAGACGGCGUGCUUGAAAAUAGACGUCGUCCAAAAGUGAUUACGAUACACCAUCGAACUGGAACUGCGCAAUCUCGUUCUCGGCAGACAGCAAUCCCUGGCUCUAACGCAAUUAAUGAAAAUCUUCUCUACGAUCUGGCCAACACUUUGCUUCGUCAAGUUGUGGCUGACGGACAGGCUUGGCCCUGUUCCAACCUGUCGCUGAGCGUGUCAAGCUUUGAGGACGGCGUGACCAAUAACAAGGCUAUUGAGGGCUUCUUGGUUCGCGGUGAUCAGGCCAAAGCCCUGAACCAUUCCUCGAGACCCCGAGACGCCGAUAAUCUUCCCAGUGAACAAGGUCCAACUGAGAAGAGACGAAGGCUUGAUGGCGAUGAGGGUAAGAUUAAGAGUUUCUUUGGGAACCCAUCGCAUCUUGAUACCACCGUAGAUGAGCCAGAUUGCGCCCAAGGACCUGUUGAGAUUAACCCAGAACUGAGCGGAGUUCCUCGCUUUGUAUGUCCACGGUGCUCUAAAUCAAUGUUCGAGUAUGAGAAAGAAGAACAUGAUGAUUGGCACUUCGCCAAGGACCUCGCCAGCCAGGACAGAGACGAGGCGAAGGUUUCACAUGCGCCACCGCCCACGAAAACUGCACGUGGUACUACUGCUCGUGGAAGAGGUGGCCGAGGGGGAGGGAGUCGGGGCAAACCUGAAAAGGGGCAGAUGCGACUUGCUUUCCAGUGA